AUGGGAGUGCAGCAACUAGAUGGAGAAUCAUUUCAUGAGUAUUGGGAUCGGUUUCAAAGACUCCUAGCUUCGUGCCCUCAUCACCAAAUUGAAGAUUGGCUACUUAUGCAAUACUUUUAUGAGGGAUUACUUGAUUCGGAGAGGAUGAUGGUUGAUGCUACUAGUGGAGGAGGCUUGAUGAACAAGAGUGCUACUCAAGCUAAGGAGAUGUUUGAGAACAUUGCAGCAAACUCUCAACAAUUUAAUUACCGGAGAGCUCCCCCAAAGAAAGCAGGUGUUUAUGAGGUAAGUGCUAGUGAUAUUGGUCCUCAAAUAGCUAAUUUGACUAACCUUGUUAAGCAAUUAAUCCCUCAAGCACAAGUGUGUGCCGUGUGUGCUAAUCCCGGACAUCCUACAGAAUCUUGUCCAAGUUUGUAUGGUGAUGGAGAAGAGAUGGCUCAAGCACACUAUAUGCAGCAACAAAAGCCAAGAAACGAUCCAUUUUCUAACACCUAUAAUCCGGGAUGGCGGCAACACCCUAACUUUGGAUGGAAGAACAACCAAAAUAUGUAA